AUGACUGUAAUCCCAUUAUUCAAGCUCCCAGUAUUAUGCAUUAAUGAAAUAUUAAUCCAUACUGAUAUCAUUUCUCUUGUCAGUCUGUCAUUAAUAUCCAGAAGAUCCAAACGACUAGUGAGAACAAGUAAAACAUCACUGGCUGGAUUUAAUAUAGAAAUCAAGAAUGAUGUGACUCAAGUUCAAUUCGUAACAUCCGAAAAAGAAGAUGCGGGAAGUUGGUUUUUCAAAAUAGAGGAAAAGGAAAGUGGUGGUGGCGAAGUGAUAGAAAUGAGACGUCCAUUUUAUAUGGGAUUCAAUGAAUCUGACAAUCUUCUUAUUAAAGGAGAGAAGACAAUUGAAAACGAUGAUCUGAAAUCAAUAAUGGAAAAUUUGACGGUCAAAAAUCAAUUGGCUCUGAUGAUCCCAACAAGUACAUCUUUUGAAUGCAACAUGAAUAUUUUCAAAUUCAAACAGCUCGUUUGUCUGGAUAAAAAAAACAGUGGCCACCUGAUAACUAGGGAAGUGCUGAUGAGUCUGAAAUGUACACUUAUGCAAUUCCAUCAUACUCUUCUAGAAGCAGAUGACGUCAUGCCAUUCUUCGAGAGGUGGUAUCAUUCUGAUGAUACAGAAUUCACUAUAUUGCUUGUAAAAACAGAUAAAUCGUUUGCUGGAAUGAACUUUGACAGGUUCCAUCCAACUCAAUGGAAUCCCGAGCAACGAGGUCCCAAGUUCUUAUAUACCCCACGUCUCGCCUUUGACUGUACCAGAGGAAUGGAUAUAAUGAGAAAAGAUGGAUUACUUUGCACUGUGGACAACAGGAUUAAUGUCCUUAUCUUUGCUGUCUGGCACAACCGAUUUCAUGAUGUUUCUGGGGUGUCGAAAAAUCGUUAA